AUGGCAACAGAGAACAGGUUUCCAAGAGUCACCCAGGACCAUCUGCUCCAGGAUGAACAACAUCCAGGCAGACGUGAGGUGUCGACCAUUGAGGGGGGGAGUUCCCUUUGUGCAGAGAUAGCCGCUUGUAUUAACAAGCUUCAGCAGGAUCUUCACCGUAUGGAGGAAAAAUACAAAGAAGAAAAAGCAGAGAAGGUGAACCUGAAAACAUUACUUCAUACGCUCAUCACCAGCUCCCAAAAUGUGCCCUGCAUUCAAGAGAUCAUAGAGGGACCACUCUUUAAAAAGAGGGCAGAGUUUUUAAAGAUUCUAGUAUCACAAAAGAUUGAGUCCAUUAUUAAAGAAAAGGACAAAACUAUUCUGUGUCUCAACACAAAGAUCACAGAGUUAGAGCGUUGCAACAACAAGCUGAAGCAAUCAGCCUUCUUUCCUUCUCCGCCUGCCGAGAGCCGCCCGGUUGUCUUUGACAAGGAGAAGCUCCUCCGCAAGCAUAUCCAGGACCUCAAAGAGCAGCUUCAAAUGGAGAUAUCUGAUAAUGAAGAAAAGAACUCUGAGUAUGAAGAAAAGAUCUCUAAGGACAAACAAAAGUUAUCUGGGUAUGAACAGAGAGUCUCAGCGGAUAAACAAAAGAUCUCUGACUAUGAAAAGAAGAUCCAGGACCUAAAAGAGCAGGUUCAAAUGGAGCUGAGGAAGUCUGCAGCUUCUGCAGAUAAAAAAAAGGUAUCAGCCCAAAGGUCAGAUGAAGAACCAGAGGUCUCAGAUGAAGAGCCAGAGUUCUCAAAUGAAGAACCAGAGGUCUCAGAUGAAGAACCAGAGGUCGAAGUUGAUGAAAGACCAGAGACAAAAAAGAACAAAAAAGGUUGGAAAAGAUUUACACGUUACCUCAAACCAUGGAAGUGGGCGAAAAUCCCACCCCAUAAACCAGAGGUCUCAGGUGAAGAAGCAGAGGUCUCAAGUGAAGAGCCAGAGGUCUCAGAUGAAGAACCAGAGGUCGAAGUUGAUGAAAGACCAGAGACAAAAAAGAACAAAAAAGGGUGGAAAAGAUUUACACGUUACCUCAAACCAUGGAAGUGGGCGAAAAUCCCACCCCAUAAACCAGAGGUCUCAGAUGAAGAAUCAGAGGUCUCAUAUGAAGAAUCAGAGGUCUCGUAUGAAGAAUCAGAGGUCUCAUAUGAAGAAGCAGAGGUCUCAUAUGAAGAACCGGAGGUCUCAUAUGAAGAACCGGAGGUCUCAUAUGAAGAAUCGGAGGUCUCAUAUGAAGAACCGGAGGUCUCAUAUGAAGAAUCAGAGGUCUCAUAUGAAGAACCGGAGGUCUCGGAUCAUCACACCUUCUGCUUCUACACUAAUGUAUAUAUUUCUUUUUCCUCCACAGCCGCCAUCCGGGUGGAAAUCACUCCGACACAAGGAGAGAUCAGCGUGGGAGAGUCCAAGUUCUUCCUCUGUGAAGUGGUGGGAGAUGCUAAAGACAUCGACUGGUAUGCGCCCAGCGGGGAGAAGAUCCUUCCCAACAGGCAGGACAUCUUUGUGAGCCGCAACGAUGAGUCCUCGUCCACCCUCACCAUCUACCACGCCAACGUGGACAGCGCCGGCAUCUACAAGUGUGUGGCGAAGACCGGGGAGCAGGAGGCCCAGGCCACCGUCCAGGUCAAGAUCUUCCAGAAGAUCACCUUCGCCAGCGCCCCGAGCCAGCAGGAGUUCAACGACGGGGACGAUGCUGUGUUAGUCUGCGACGUGGUCAGUUCACCGCCGCCCACCAUCAUCUGGAAGCACAAGGGCGCCAAGAUCCAACUCGCCAAAGACGUUCGCUUCAAGAUCCUGACCAACGGCCACCUGCAGAUCCGCGCCAUCAAGAAGACGGAUGAGGGCAUGUACACCUGCGAGGCCCGGGUCAUGGCCAGGGGAGAAAUCGACUUCAGGAUGAUCAAGGUCGUCAUUAAUGUGCUUCCCACCAUCCGGGCCAGGCAGUCAGAGGUCAACGCCACAGCCGACAUCGGGGGCUCGGCCCUGUUGGCCUGUGAUGCCGACGGCUUCCCUGAACCCAGCGUCACCUGGGCCCAUAACAACGUUGUCCUUGAAACGGGCGAUAAGUACGGCCUGAACGAGGACGGCUCAGAACUGGAAAUCAAAGAUGUCACGAAGGUAGAUGAAGGAGAAUACACUUGCAUCGCCAAGAACAAGGCAGGGGAGAAGGCGGAGGAAGUCAGCCUCAACGUGUUUGUGCAACCCAAGAUCACCUACUUGAACAACCACACCGCCUCCGAGUUUGACGAGCAGGUCACGCUGACCUGCGAGGCCUCGGGUGACCCCACCCCCACCAUCUCCUGGAGCUUUCAGAACAGGGUGUUCACCGAAGGAGAGCAGAGCCUCGACAGGAACAUCGUGGUGCGCACCCACGCCCGGAUCUCCUCUCUCACCUUGAAGAACGUGCAGUUCACGUACGCCGGCCAGUAUCUGUGCACCGCCAGCAACUCCAUCGGGCAGGACAACCAGCACAUGCACCUGGAAGUCCGCUAUGCUCCAAAGAUCCUGGGGGGGGUGAUGACGUACACGUGGGAGGGGAACGCAGCCAACAUCAGCUGUGAGGUGGAGGCUCACCCCGGAGCCUCGGUCGUCUGGUUCAGAGAGGACCUGCCGCUGCCCAGCGCCAACGCCACCAACAUCAAGAUCUACAACACGCCGACCGGCAGCAGCCUGGAGAUUACUCCUGAUUCCAGUGACUUCGGGAGCUACAACUGCACGGCAGGAAAUGCAAUGGGCACCGAGCACAAGGAAUUCCUUCUGAUCCAAGCAGAGGUGCCUUCAUCGCCAGAGAUCCAGUACGUGGAACCUUUCUCCAGCACAGCGGUGGCCGUGUUCGAGGAGCCCGACUCCACCGGAGGGGUUCCCAUCAUCAAGUACAAGGUGGAAUGGCGUCUGCCCGGCCAGGACUGGACUGGCAGGGAGUAUGAAGCCGACGAGGACACGAGCAGGAUCACCAUCGUUGGCCUGAAACCAGAGACCACCUACGAGGUCAAGAUGUCGGCCAUCAACGGAAAGGGCGAAGGCGAGAGCAGCGAGGCCAAGACCUUCAAGACGGAGCCAGUCCUUUCCUCAGCGGUUCCUCCCACUACCACUGCCACCAGUCUGGCCCGUAGUGAGUAUUUGCCGGUCCAGCAGUGUGCAGUGUGA